AUGGGUAAGAAAAAUAACCGGUCUAAAGGAGAAAAAUUAAAUUUUCAUAAGACACAGGUCAAGGGCAAGCUAGUGAAAACAAAUACCAGUAAAGCUUCACUCCAAAAUUCGAAUUAUAAAGCAGUCCAAAAGCUUCCUCAACAAACAAAAUCAAAAUUUUCCGGUGAAUUUUACUUCACCCGAAAAAUCUUACGAAUCAUGGACUGGAAGUUCCUGGUGUCUUGUUCCUUGGUAUUAUGCCUUUAUCUGUGUACAGUUUUAACCAAAUCUACAAUAUUAUCCUCUGAUGAUCAAGCUAGUCAUGAUGUUAAUACACUCAGUAAAAAACUAUCCGAUUCACCAAUUGAAAUAUCGACAGUAGAUUCUGAAGAGAAUGAUCAGAUUUCCAACAGUCACUUGAACGCUGAAAGUGAGGACAAUAAAGAAGAGGGAGAGACGUCGUCUUUACUUAACUCAAACCUCUUAAUGCCAACACUAUGCAUUGGUGUAUUAGUCCGUAAUAAAGCUCAUACAUUACCAUAUUUUCUGAAUGGUAUAGAGAGUCAACAAUAUCCUAGUAAGCGAAUUACACUGAUAUUUUAUGUUGAUAAUACAAUUGAUUCAAGUGAUGCAAUACUGAAUGAGUGGAUUCAAUGUAACAAGCAUAAAUAUCACAAUAUAAUUUUAGAAGUUGAAGAACAUAAUGUCAGUAGAUCAACUGAUGAAGAAAUCAGCAAACUAUGGACUGAGAAUCAUUAUCAACACAUCAUAAAAUUACGUCAGAAAUUACUGAAUAAGGCACGUGAUAUGUGGGCUGACUUCUACCUAUCCAUUGAUGCUGAUGUAAUACUUAUGAAUCCAGCGACUAUUGAACAUUUGAUAAGUGUGAUGCUUAAACCUCUGAAUGAUGUUUCACAGUCCGAUAUAAAUUCAAGAAGUAAUGAAGAAAUAAUUAUUUUAGCACCAUUAUUAAAUUGUACAUCAUCUGAACAUUAUUCAAAUUUUUGGGGUGCAAUGAGUGAAGAAGGCUAUUAUCUACGCUCUGAUCAUUAUUUUGAUUUACAAAAACGUCGUAUUCAAGGUGUCUAUCCCGUAGCCAUGGUGCAUUCAAUGUUUCUAGUCAACUUAAAGUUCCAGAAAUCAGAAUUAAUUGGUUAUGAUCCACCACCGACAAAUUAUACCGGACCAAUCGAUGACAUCAUUAUAUUUUCUAGAUCAGUACAACGCGCUGAAAUUGACUUCUACCUGGAUAAUACACAAUUCUACGGUUAUAUACCAUCUCCAGUUGAUGAACAAGAUCUUAACAUAUACUCAGAAGAUUUAAGUAACGCCUGGCUUUUACGGGAACAAGAUUUAUUUGUUCAUUUACGUCUACAGGCAAUCAUUGAUGAGGAGAAUAAGCAAAAAGUUUCCCCAUCAAACUGUCUGUUAGAUAUUGCUAACAACCAGUUGCCAAAAUUAAGUAAAUUAGGAUUUGAUGAAAUCUAUUUUAUUAAUCUUCUACGACGUACUGAUCGUAGAUUGAAAAUGGAAUACAUGUUCGAUCAGUUAGGUAUGAGUGUUAAACGUUAUGAAGCUGUGGAUGGUAAAAAUUUAAGCCUAGAAAAACUUGAUGAAUUGCACAUAAAACAACUACCGGGUUAUACUGAUCCUUAUCAUAAAAGAUCUUUAAAGUAUGGAGAAAUUGGCUGUUUUCUAAGUCAUUACAACAUAUGGAAUGAGAUGGUUAGUCGUGGCUACCAACGUGUAUUGAUUCUUGAGGAUGAUCUACGUUUCAUUCCUGCUUUUAUUAAUAAUUUGAACAAAGUUGUCAGGGAAGCAGAUGAGAAUGUACCAGGCUGGGAUCUACUGUAUAUUGGUCGUAAAAGAAUGUCUAAAAAAGAGAAGCGCGUUCAGAAUACAACUAGUUUAGUUCAUCCAGAUUAUACUUACUGGACAUUGGGGUAUAUAUUAAACAUAAAUGGCGCUCAAAAAUUGCUGAAUCAAAAUCCUUUACAAAAAAUGGUUGCCGUGGAUGAAUAUUUACCAAUAAUGUUUGAUAGACAUCCAAGAAAGGAUUGGUUGACACAAUUUGAACCACGUGAUAUACUGGCUAUAUCUGCUGAACCUUUGCUUGUUGAACCACAGAGGUAUACUGGUGAAAAAUAUUAUAUUUCUGAUACCGAAGAUUCUGAAGUUGUUCAAACAGUAAUCUGA